ACACAAAACAUCACCGUCUGUUAUUCUAGAAGAUUUGAUUGACACCCGGUGAAUAUUUCCAUAAUUUCUUUCGUAUUUCCACGAAAAUUAAGUGAAAAUGUCCGCAAUCGCAAGCCCUUUAACGGUAGCGGGUACCCGCACCUCUGGGCAACCAGUCCGUACCCAAAACGUUAUGGCUGCUGCUACGAUAGCAAACAUCGUCAAAUCUUCUUUGGGGCCCGUUGGUUUAGAUAAAAUGUUAGUGGAUGAUAUCGGUGAUGUCACUGUCACUAAUGAUGGAGCGACCAUUUUGAGACUCUUGGAAGUGGAGCACCCGGCGGCUAAAGUUUUAGUUGAAUUGGCUCAAUUACAAGAUGAAGAAGUUGGUGAUGGCACAACAUCCGUCGUUAUAAUUGCUGCAGAACUUUUAAAGAAUGCCGACGAACUGGUGAAACAAAAGAUUCACCCAACGUCUAUAAUAAGCGGGUAUCGUUUGGCUUGUCGUGAAGCUUGCAAAUACAUCCAAGAUAAUUUAACGAUUCCAGUUGAAGAAUUGGGGCGUGAAUGCGUAAUAAACGUAGCUAAAACAUCAAUGAGUUCGAAAAUUAUAGGUGCUGAUGCGGACAUUUUCGCCACAAUGGUAGCAGAUGCAGCAAAUGCAAUAAAAAUAACCGAUAUAAAAGGAAAUCCAAUGUACCCAAUUAAAGCUGUGAAUGUUUUAAAAGCUCACGGACGAAGUGCUAGGGAAAGUAUGUUGAUUCAAGGCUAUGCUUUGAAUUGUACCAUAGCCAGCCAAGCAAUGCCUAAACGCAUUACAAAUGCAAAAAUCGCUUGCUUAGAUUUUUCACUUCAAAAAGUUAAAAUGAAAUUGGGCGUCCAAGUUUUAAUUGAAGAUCCAAAUCAACUCGAAGCAGUUAGAUCCAGAGAAUUAGAUAUAACUAAAGAACGUAUUCAAAAAAUUUUGGCUACAGGAGUUAAUGUUAUCUUAUGUACUGGAGGAAUUGAUGAUCUUUGCUUAAAAUAUUUCGUCGAAAAUGGAGCUAUGGCAGUUAGAAGAGUCACCAAAACAGAUUUAAAAAGAAUUGCUAAAGCUACAGGCGCAUCAUUUGUAACUUCAUUAACGAAUAUGGAUGGCGAAGAAAGUUUUGAAGCAAAUAUGGUUGGGGAGGCCGCGGAGGUUGUUCAAGAAAGAAUUUCCGAUGACGAACUUGUUUUGAUUAAAGGCCCAAAAGCAAGAACGGCUGCUUCAAUAAUUCUCCGAGGUCCAAACGAUUUUUAUUGCGAUGAAAUGGAACGUUCAGUUCACGAUGCUUUAUGCGCCGUUAAACGCGUGUUAGAAUCAAAAAGCGUUGUGACUGGUGGUGGAUCUGUCGAAGCUGCUCUUUCCAUUUAUUUAGAAAAUUUUGCCACAACCUUAGCAUCGAGGGAACAAUUAGCAAUCGCCGAAUUUGCGAGAAGUCUUUUGGUUAUUCCGAAAACGUUGGCUGUGAAUGCAGCUCAAGAUGCGACUGAUUUAGUUGCCAAAUUAAGGGCUUAUCAAAAUUCAAGUCAAACUAAAAUUGAUCAUGCCCAUUUAAAGUGGGUUGGAUUGGAUUUAAUUGAGGGAACGGUACGCGAUAAUAAGAAAGCUGGUGUUUUGGAACCUACAAUUUCAAAAAUAAAAAGUUUGAAAUUUGCCACGGAAGCUGCAAUUACCAUUUUGAGAAUUGAUGAUACUAUUAAGUUAGAUCCGGAACAAAAACCUGGGAAAAAUUAUCAAGAUGCUAUGGCUGCAGGAGAAUUAUAAUUUUUUUUUUAGUUUGGUUCAACUUAACCUGAAUUAAUCACCUCAUCGCUUUUUGUCUUUUGUAAUUCACUGCUUAAGUUAAUUUAAUGAAUACUUUACUACUUUUCAUUGCAUUCUUUUUAAACAAUAAAAAAAUAACAUCAAA